CGAAGACGAACAGAAGAAGAUCCAGUUUUUAAAGAAAUUGCAAUCAGCUGCUGCAGAAAACGCCCCCGUGUAUUCGAAAAAGAAGGAAGACAAUUAAAGACAUAUCUUACCUUCAAACGUUAAAUACUAUUAGCAAACAUGAGUAGCACUCGACUAUCUAUACCCAAUGUGGAUAACGAAACACUAGAUGGCAACGCAAUUUCAAAAAAGGAUCAAAUAUUAGAACGACUCAAUAAGCGCAAUAAGGAACGUCAAAAUUAUCUGGAUGUGAAAUUGGAACAACGAAAUAAGGAGACUUCAGAUGCGGAAGGCGUGGAUUACUUUUCACAAGCAUUUGCCGAUAAAGUAAGGGAAAUCGAAGCACGCAUUAAAAAUCUUAGCGAAACAUCGGCAAAGAAGAAUCCAGGCGAAAAUUCCAGCAUUGAUUUGGCACGGCAUUUCACGGAAAUAACAUUGGAGAUACAGGAAUUACAACGAUAUCUAACUAACUCAACAAUGUUUCUUACAGACUUCAAGAUCAAGGCAUGCCAAAGUAUUGUAAAUGAUUUAUUGCAGUCAUGCGAAGAGGCGAAAGUAAAACUUAUGCCGAAAAAGAAGUUUGGAUUUAGUGGACGGAAAGUCACUCCAAAACCAUGUCUAAAUCCCAAACUUAGUAAAACUGACAAUGUAGACGGAGCAGAAAAAAAUGAACAUAUAAGCACGAUUACAGGAAGCAAAGUUAGCUGGACACUCAGCAAUAGGACUAAUGAGUACAUUUGUCUGAAGGGCGAUGAAGUUCAUAGCAAAGAUAUAACUAUUGCACAUUUACAAAAUUGUUUCGUGGAACUCCAGGGGCCGGCUGGUUCAGUUCAAAUAUCUCACUGCUCCAACAGCACUUUCCUUUGUGGGCCUAUAGCCCGUUCGUUGUUUGCAGAUUUUUGUACAAACAGCACACUAAGUGCUGCAUGCCAACAAAUGCGACUACACUCCUCUGAACAGUGUCAAAUAUAUCUGCACGUCACCUGUCGUGCCAUUAUUGAGGAUUGCAGUAAAAUAGGAGUGGCACCCUACAACUAUGACUACACGGGCAUUGAUGAAGAUUAUAAUCAUGCCAAAAUCAAUAAAGAAGUCAACAAUUAUACGGAUAUUGCCGAUUUUAACUGGCUUUCGUCGGAGGUGGCCUCUCCUAAUUGGCAUCUGAUCAAGGAUUUUCAUGCCAUCAAUUGGGUUCAGAAACGGCAAGAAUUUUUGACUAGAAACAUGGAUAAUGCAUCUUUAUAGUGCUCAACAGCAAGACAAGCGUAGCCCGAGCUUCAAAAUUUAUACCACUGUAUUUCGUUAUCUAGUUUAUUUUGCAAUUUUUCCAUUCUACUCCCAUAAAAUUUCUCUAAAAAUUUGCGACUGGUAGCUCAAAAACUGUACCGCAAUAAAAAAGCCACAACACUCAAGCACUUUAUAUGUACUUUACUUUUUUCACUAACAUGAAUCUAAUUUCAUUUCCUAAAUAAAAUAUUUUAAACAACAUA